UGAAGCGCUCCAAUUUAACUUUCCAGUCUCUGGACAUCCAGAGUGUUGGUAUAUCUAUCGAUCAGCGAAAAUGAAUGCCCAUAUAUCCGUUCCUCGUCAGCAUGCCGGCCCUUCUACCUUUGGCGGCACCACGCCAGCAAGCCGCAGGUCCAGUAUACGGAUGCCGCGAUUCUUCAAGAGACUAUUCAAAUUCCCCCAGAUGGACUUCGAAAUGGCUAUUUGGGAAAUGACAUCACUGUUGGUAGCCCCCAAGAAAGUCUUUAAAUCGAUAUACUAUCAUAAACAAACUAAAAAUACAUGGCACCGUCCCGAUCCCUCGUUCACCUAUCUACUCUCCUUCUUUCUACUUCUCACCGCCCUUGCAUGGGGACUAGCAUAUACACCGUCCUUCGGCGCUAUAGUUCGCCUUUCUUUCCUCUUUAUCUUCAUACAUUUUAUAGGAUCGUCGCUCUUGAUCUCCACGCUGGCAUACUUCGUCAUAGGAAGACUAUUCGGCCCCAAUGGUGCCGCUGCAUCCCUGACGGGGCUACGAGGCUCCAGGGCCCGCAGAAGAGGCGCGGCUCAGGGCUUGUUCGUUCAACCUGGAGAGAAGGACCAAUUGGAAUUUGGGUAUUGUUUUGAUGUUUCAAAUCGGGCCUUCUUCCCGCUCUAUCUGCACCUAUAUGUUGUCCAAUUCCUUCUCCUGCCUGUUCUCACCCGCAAUCCGAGCAAUUUCCUGGCUACCUUCCUGGGAAAUACCCUUUAUCUCUCUGCUUUCACCUAUUACACAUAUAUCACAUUCUUGGGAUAUAAUGCCCUUCCCUUUUUACAUAAUACUGAGCUGCUUUUGAUCCCUAUUCUUGCUUUCGCUGUGCUGUGGUUGGUCAGUCUGAUUGCAGGAUGGGGUAUCGUCAUGCAUGGCCAUAGUGUGGAAGGACUGUUCUGGGGCGUAUAGUGCAUUGACAUAGGCACUUUUUUUUCUCCAUGAUAUAUUCGGUACAGAGCACGAGCGCUACUCGUUUGUAUUUGUUUCUUUCUUUUUUCCCCUCUAUAUUGCGUUUGGUUUCAUUCUCCAUUUGCUCUUUUCUUUGCAUCGCGUUUGGUCUAUUCAGGCAGCACAAAUACAAUUUAAAAGAACAUAUCUCAGA